CGUAAGCGAGAAGUCGUUCAUCUUGGAAGCAAUUCUCAAUUAAAUUGUUCCGAAGAACAUCUUUUUAAAUCAUGUCGGAAUAUACUAAGGCAAAAUCGAGCAAAUUGGUGUUAAAGGGAGAAAGUUCGAAAGGUACAAAACGCAAACACAAGAAGGAUAAACACGAGAAAAAGGCUAAAAAAGCCCUUACCGUGGAUACGGAUGCAGUAAAGCAUGGCGGCUGGUGGAUGGUAACGAAAACGACGGACAUUACCGGCUCUAUCGCACUGCAGUUCGACAAGCAGGCCUACGUGAAGGCACUCGAUAACGGUCUGUUCACCCUCGGUGCUCCGCACAACGAAGGCGAUCCUCCGGACCCGGAGGAAAUCUUCAGCGCAGUGCUGAUCAACGAAGAUAAGGUGGCAUUCAAAUCUGGCUAUGGGAAAUACCUGAAGGUCGAGAAGGAUGGCAUGAUCACCGGCCGUUCGGAUGCCGUUUCGGCAUUGGAACAGUUUGAGCCGGUGUUCGAUCAGGGUAAGACGGCACUGCUGGCGGCCAACGGAUGCUUUGUUUCAGUGGACCCAGAGGACGACGCGCUGGUAGCAAUUAAAAAGAAGGUCGGCAGCAGUGAGGUUUGUGUGAUCCGAAGUUCUUCUGAUAGGGAAGACGUAUCCAACAAGGAAAUUCCUAUCGAGGAAUCUGGUGAUUUGGACCAAGUUGAAAUCAACUUCGUGAAAAAGUUCCAAAAGUUCCAGGACAAGAAGCUACGCGUAAGCAAAGAGGAUAAGCUUUCGCUGAAAAAGGCUAAAGAAGGUGGAACACUUCACGAAGCAUUAUUAGACCGACGAAGCAAAAUGAAGGCAGAUCGAUACUGUAAAUGAGAUGUCUUAACCUUAAAAUAAAACCAUUUUGAGAUCGGGUUGGUAUUGUAU